GAUCAGCAAUUAACCAAAUUGAGAGUGAAGAAUUGGCCGAGUAGUGACGGAAGGUACCUGAAGAAAACCUGAAGGGAGAUCAGCUGAGCUCUGCAGUGUCUCUUCCAAGUCUGCUCCCAGUCUACGAUUGCAUGGCUUUGAGAGGAUCUUUGCUGCGCCUUUGGAACAGCAGAUAACAUUCGCUCAACCCUKUAACUGUGUUGCCCAAAACUUGAUACCAGGUGUAGGGGUAGAUGGCUCAGCUUCCUCCUGGCAUUCGUUUCAUCACUUUGUUUUCAAGAGAUCAGUGGUACAGAGCCUUUAUUUUCAUUCUCACUUUCUUGUUAUAUGCCAGCUUCCAUUUAUCAAGGAAACCUAUUAGUAUAGUGAAGGGAGAGCUGCAUAAACACUGUGCUGCUUCUCAUGAAGCUGACCUCAGCUCCUACAGAGAAUAUGCCGCCCAGAUUCAGCCCGUCAAAAAGUCAUUUAAUGUGUCUCAGUGUGGCUGGGAGCCGUUCGAUAAGAGCAACUACAAGCAAUUGCUGGGAACACUGGAUUACUCCUUUCUGUGUGCAUAUGCAAUUGGAAUGUAUCUGAGCGGCAUAAUAGGGGAACGGCUUCCUAUCCGGUAUUACCUGACAGUCGGGAUGCUCGCUAGCGGAUUCUUCACUGCAAUGUUUGGAUUGGGUUAUUUCUAUAAUAUACAUAAUCUGUGGUUUUACAUAAUGGCCCAGAUAGCAAAUGGGUUGGUGCAAACUACUGGCUGGCCAAGCGUUGUUACAUGUAUUGGCAACUGGUUUGGAAAAGGAAGGAGAGGUUUGAUCAUGGGAAUGUGGAAUUCGCAUACCUCAGUGGGAAAUAUCCUGGGAUCCUUGAUUGCUGCUUACUGGGUGUCUACCUGCUGGGGUCUGUCCUUUGUGGUGCCUGGUGUCAUCAUUGCUGUGAUGGGGGUUAUCUGCUUCCUGUUUCUUAUUGAACACCCUAAAGAUAUAAGUUGCUCCUGCACACCUUCCAGUAGUUCUAAAACCUCCUUGAAUGGUGCAGGUCGAUUCAGAGUCCAGAUGCCAACCUUAAAUGCUAAGGAAAGCGGCAAGUCUCAGGAUUAUGCAUGGAGACAGAGAGUUCUAAAUAUGAGCAGUUAUUCACAGGAAACCUGCUUAAAACUUGAUCCAGAAAUGCAGCAUUUGCUUAAUGACAGCGACAACUGCACCGUGUCACUGACCUCCGGCACUGCAGUCCUUGCAGAAAGUAGACAAGGGACAUCAGCUAUCAGCUUCUUUGGGGCCCUGCGAAUACCUGGGGUCGUAGAGUUCUCUCUCUGCCUUCUGUUUGCAAAAUUGGUGAGCUAUACUUUCCUCUUCUGGCUUCCCCUCUAUAUCACAAAUGUCGAGCAUCUUGAUGCCAAAAGAGCUGGGGAUCUUUCUACGCUGUUUGAUGUGGGUGGAAUCUUUGGUGGAAUUUUGGCUGGCCUAAUUUCAGAUCGACUAGAGAAAAGGGCAUCAACCUGCGGAAUGAUGUUACUGCUGGCAGCACCCACAUUGUACAUGUUCUCUGCGGUCAGUAAAAUGGGCCUUGAGGCUACUGUAGUGAUGCUGCUCAUCAGUGGGGCCCUCGUGAAUGGCCCUUACGCGCUGAUCACCACGGCCGUCUCUGCUGACCUGGGUACCCAUAAAAGCCUGAAAGGGAAUGCAAGAGCCCUGUCCACAGUGACUGCAAUCAUCGAUGGAACAGGAUCUGUAGGUGCRGCUUUGGGGCCUCUCUUAGCUGGACUCAUCUCCCCAUCUGGUUGGAACAAUGUGUUUUACAUGCUGAUGGUUGCGGAUGCGUGUGCCUUGCUAUUCUUACUCCGUCUUAUACAGAAGGAACUCCGGUGUAAUGCAGACUAUAACCUGUUUAAAGAGCACUGAGCUGGAAGAACAGACUUGGAAUAAAGACCUUUGAAGUGAUCAGAGCUCUUCCCUGGAAAAAGCCUUGUGGAACGUGCUAUCCUACACUUAGGAGAUUCUACUUGGUGAAGGAUUUUUCACAUUUACCAGAGCAGUUUGAGAAAAGCAACUGGUAGAUCCCUGAAGCUCUUAUUUUUUGCACGUGAAUAAGUACCUCAAGGAUGCCAACUAUCCAUCACAUGGAGAGACAGCGACUUUGGGA